GAGAGGGUCAGGCGCAAUUAGAGCAUCUCGGCGGUCUCUGGGCUUUUUUCCCUCUCAUAUCCUUCCUUAACUCUUCUCACACACCCACGCCCUUGCAAAGACUAAAAGGGUCGCUGAAGCCCGCCCGUACAUAUUCCGGCGUGUGAGCUCUUUUCGGUAUCCGGUUCUUCAGCCUUUUCGCCUUUCCUUCCGUGUCCACUCGGAGCCUUUUCCAGACGUCCAUCCAGCCGCUCACUCACACACAACUCACUCACUCACUCUUGACCCCAUAAAAGUCCACUCAUGCCUGCGCCAACACGCUGUCGCAUGUGGUGUUGAUUCUGCGCUUGGAGGUCCACACAUAUUGAAGAAGACAUCAAAAGACGACUUAUCAGCAACAUCGACGACGAGAUUAGAGACGGAGUAAAAGAAAGGGAUUAGAGGGAAAGGGGAAAACCUACAGAGCCAUCCAUCCGCCAACACCGACACACAGUUCGCCCAUCAUGUCACUCCAAAACGGCGCCUACACACACCAAGGCUACUCAGCGCCGCCCUACAGCCAGGGAUACAACCAACCGCCAGGAGGCCAAAUGUACGCCAACGACGAGCAGGUCACGCAAGUAUACUACUACAACAACGACGACGCCGCAUCGAUAUCGUCGCGGAGCAUCUCGCAACAUCAACAGCAGUACUGGUACGGUCAGCAACCCGGCGGUGGCCGAAGUUGUCGAUCCAGCGGCAGCGCCAAAUCGCCCGAGAACGAGCGCUUCAACCGCAAGAGGAGGCGGUGCACGUACAUGUACUACGUCCUUCGCCAGCUCGCCAUCAUCGUUCCCUUGGUCGUCAUCUUUUUGAAUAUCAACAUUUACUGCUCGCGGAGGGGCAAGUAUCUGAAUGAUUCGACGAGUCCAGCGGAUCCUAUCUUUUACAGCUUGUGGUUGUCUGUACCGAUUUCAUGUAUUCUUCUCAUUUGGUCACUUAUCACGGUCAUCUGGCGCAAGAGGGACGCUUACCGGAGCGGCAUCCCGAAGCAUUUUCACUUUGGCAUGGAGUUGUGUUUCACGCUGGGCACCACCAUUUGCUGGAUUCUGCUCGUUAUCCAGAUCGAGUCGAAGAAGUCCAACGGGUACUACGCGUAUCCGUACAUUCAGUACGAGGCCGCUCUGGCGUUUCUGCUGGGACUCAUCAUGAUGUCCGAGUUUGGUCUGCUUGCGCGAGCCUGGUUCGAAUUCACCAACGACAGGACACGGCAUGAAAGUGAGAUGAUGCAGGUGUAAUGCAUCAAAGCAUCGUCCGGCGAUUUGUUUUUUUUUUAAACGCUUUUGAGCGGUCUUUUUUUUGGCGAGGCGUUAAGAGCACCGGGACUGGAUUACUGGAUUUGCAUUUCCGGGACAGGGUACAGAGGUACUGACAUUGGGAGCCCAUUGCAUUUUUUUGCUUGAGAAAAACCACAUGAAGAGAUACCCACCAGCGAAAGAGAAGAUACCAUUAAUUAAGAAUUCCACAACCACUUUAUCCA